AGCCUUCAGCUGCUGAUAAUCCCAAGUAGAAUCUCAUGAGCUGCGCAGAAAGAGCUCAGCCAGUAUUUUCUGUUUCAGGAACGGUUUCAUCGCCGUCCAAUAUGGGCCACGGCGGUUGCGAAACUACCAAUGGACAUUACCCCCGCAUUCUUCCAGAAGCACACAUGCUUCUCGGAUUUCUCCACACAUGCGCUUGUCAAGCCCAUCAGUGUCAACGAGUUGUUCGGAUUUCCCAAAGCUGUUUCGAUGGUGGCCCGGGGCUGGCAUUAACUUAUCAGGUGAAUGCGCUGUAUUUCAGUGCGAAGGUUCUUUGAGUAGCCAGGUUCAAAUGAAGGCCACGAGCACCGAUUCCCAAACUGGUCCAGUUAAAUCAUCAAAAGCAUAUAUCUCGGAAUCCGGUGCCAUACAUAUAGAAAUGCGAAAUUUUAUUUGAUCUGUCGGGAUGAAGUUGUUAUUGGUUGGCCGAAGCCCGGAGUAGCCAACGGGUACCUACGGGAUUACAUAACCCAUUCCGAUGGCGCCAAGAGACGGAUGGGCGAAUGCCCUGCAUGCAAGAGCCGGCGCCGAUUUGGUUUUUUGUUCAGUCAGCCUUAUCAACUCCGUAUCCGCCACUGUCCUGCUGGAUAUUGGUCACCCAACAAAACAACCUCCUCUCUUCCACCACGACCAUUCCCCCACUCCCGCCAAACAUAGCCAGUCGAUCUCGCAAAAUGGCCUCACCAGCACCCCUUCAAAGGCUCCAGGCCCCAUUGCGACGGUCCUUGGCCCGAGCCGCUGUCCUUUCGUCCCGAACUUACGCCACUAUCCCUUCACCGUCCGACCCGGAGCUGACAAAGUCAUCGCCAAGCCCAGCAGCCUCAACAACCCCCGCGAAGAAGGCCCCGCGACCGUCAUACUUCAAAGACACCACCGUCGCCUCCUUUUCCGAGUUCGUGGGCUCCCAGUCUGCCCCCCUCUCCCUCAGCGAAGCCUACGAGAUCAAGACCGCAGAGGUAGGCCCCGCCGGCCGCAAGCGCACCAUCACCCGUCUGCCCGAAUGGCUCAAGACCCCAAUCCCUUCCUCAGGUGCCAACCCCAACUUUGGCAAGAUCAAGGCUGACCUCAGGGGUUUGAACCUGCACACUGUGUGCGAGGAGGCGCGAUGCCCGAAUAUCGGCGAGUGCUGGGGUGGAAACGACAAGUCUGCUGCGACGGCGACGAUCAUGCUUAUGGGUGAUACUUGCACCAGAGGGUGCAGGUUCUGCAGUGUCAAGACCAACAGGAAGCCUCCGCCGCUUGACCCGCAUGAACCGGAGAAUACGGCCGAGGCACUGGCGAGGUGGGGGUUGGGGUAUGUGGUUUUGACAAGUGUGGAUCGUGAUGAUUUGGCGGACGGUGGUGCGAGGCACUUUGCGGAGACGAUUAGGAGGAUUAAGCAGAAGAAGCCGACGCUGUUGGUGGAGGCGUUGACUGGUGAUUUCAUGGGGGACCUGCACAUGGUCAAGAUUGUGGCGGAGAGUGGAUUGGAUGUGUAUGCUCACAACAUUGAGACGGUGGAGGGGUUGACACCGUAUGUUCGCGACCGGAGAGCUACUUUCAGACAGAGUUUGAAGGUGUUGGAACAUGUGAAGGCUGUCAGGGGCAAGGAGGGCAUCAUCACCAAGACGAGUAUCAUGCUUGGUCUUGGUGAGCAGGAGCAGGAGAUUUGGGAUACGCUGAGAGAGCUGAGAAAGAUCGACGUCGAUGUCGUCACCUUUGGGCAGUAUAUGCGCCCUACCAAGAGGCAUCUCAAGGUCGAAAAGUACGUCACCCCUGACGAGUUUGACCUCUGGAAGCAGCGUGCUCUGGAUAUGGGCUUCCUGUACUGCGCCAGCGGCCCUCUUGUCAGGUCAUCUUACAAGGCUGGCGAGGCCUUCAUUGAGAACGUUCUCAGGAAGCGCGCCGGCGAAAGAGCUGCAGCCUCGGCGAGUCUCGACCAAGUCGUGGCCGCUGAAGAAACCAAGGCUCUCUGAGUCGGUAUCUUAACAGUUUGGCUUCCACAUAAAUUUCUUCAACAUGAGUAGAAUGGCGUUUCACACUCCAUACAUUGCUGUAGCGGUACGUUUUUAGAUUGGAUUGGUUGGGCUGCAUGGAAUCCGGCGUUAGAGGAGGGGGUUCGUUUAGAAAUCGAGUUUAAUAUUGUAACAUCAAAUAUACACAGCAGAAGAAGAGGUCCAAGCUGAAUGACCUGAAACCUUUCUCUGCUAGAUUUGUUGGGGCCAAAUGAACCUUUUCUGCACACCAAGUUGCCCAUAUCUAUCUUCCAAC